UAAUAGAAAGUGCGGGUGUGCUUUACAAAACUGCAUAUACCUAAGGGAAUGACGGAAGCGGGCGCGCAUGCGCAUAGUGCUUGGCGAAAUCCGGUUGAGUCUCAUACCUCUAACGGCUUCUGUAACAAAGUCGCUGUGACGGAGGACAGAAUACACAGGUGUAAGCGUUGGGGCGGGAUCUUAAUGGCACUGAGAGCAAAGAACUGAGAGGAUCUCCUGCUCAUUCCACUUCAUCAGAAAUAAGCAAACAAAACCAGAUAUGAAAAUAGCAGUGGAAGGCUGCUGCCAUGGCGAGCUGGACAAGAUCUACGAGACCAUUGGCUACCUGGAGCGUAAGGAAGGGAUUAAGGUGGACCUACUGCUCUGCUGUGGAGAUUUCCAGGCUGUGAGGAAUGAAGGAGACCUAAAGUGCAUGGCAGUGCCACAAAAGUACAGGCACAUGCAGACCUUUUACAAGUACUAUUCAGGGGAGAAGAAAGCACCGGUUCUGACCAUCUUCAUUGGCGGCAACCACGAGGCUUCUAACCAUCUGCAAGAGCUUCCCUAUGGAGGCUGGGUGGCACCGAAUAUAUACUAUUUGGGUUAUGCCGGCGUCGUCCGCUAUAGAGGUAUAAGGAUCGGUGGCCUUUCUGGGAUUUUUAAAACGCAUGAUUACAGAAAAGGACACUACGAAUUUCCACCCUACAACCAAGAAACUCUGCGCAGCGUCUACCACAUUAGAAACAGUGACGUCUUUAAGCUUAAGCAGAUCCGCAUGCCCAUAGACGUGUUCAUGACGCACGACUGGCCAAGGGGCAUCUACCACUACGGGAGCACAGAGCAGCUGCUAAGGAAAAAGAAGUUCCUGCGUGAUGAGGUAGAGUCCGGGACGCUGGGUAGUCCAGCUGCUGCUGAGCUCCUCAAUCACCUGCAGCCCGGCUACUGGUUUUCCGCACAUCUUCACGUCAAAUUCGCCGCCAUGAUGCAGCACGAGGCAAGGGGUAAUGCUGUUCCAAAGACCACCAAGUUCCUCUCUCUGGACAAGUGUCUUCCUCAUAGAGACUUCCUUCAGGUAGUGGAGAUAGCAGAUAGACCUGGUUCCUCCGAACAGCUGGAGUAUGACCCAGAGUGGUUAGCCAUCUUGAAGACCACUGCCCGCCUUCAGAAACCUUCACCAAACAUCUGGCACCCGCCCGAGAAUAACGGCCUGCACACUCGCUGGGACUAUAGUGCAUCAGAAGUAGCCAUGAUGGAGAUAGUGAGCGCUUUAAAUGGUGAGCUUAGCAUCCCGGAGAACUUCAGUCCAACGGUGCCCGCUUACGACCCGUCUCACCCUCAGCCCCACACUCCCCCGGCCUACUGCACCAACCCCCAGACCACAGAGUUGUGUGCCACCCUCGGCCUCGUCGACAUCUAUGCUCUGGCAGGCCAGAGCGCACAAAAAUCUACAUCCUGGAAAGAGGAUCGAGCAAACGAAGAGGAGGACGAGGACAACCAGAGCUCAGGUAGCACGGAUGAGCCCAGCGAGUACCCCACUGACACCUCAAUGCUCUCCAACUCCUACAAUCCUGAUGAGAUCACCAUCGAGGAUGAGUGGGAGGAGGAAGAGGAGGAGGAGAAAAAGGAUGGAGGAGAAGUGAAAAAGUCUGGGACUGAUGCAGUUGUUCCUGAGGCUCCAGCAGCAGCACAGGAUAGCGAUAGGGACAGCAGCCCGCAGCGAGAGUCCGUGGGCAGGCUUAUCUUACCUCCUCCUCUCAUGUCUUCAGAGACAGAGGAGCCCUAUGAUUUACCUACUAGACUUUCUCCAACGUCUACAGGCUGUUUCUCCCACAGCUCAGAGGAAGAGGGGACCAUGCCACCAGCCAGAGUGCCCAAGCGUCCUAGUGGAGAAACCAAGGGACUAUUCAACCCCAUAGGUAACUCCCCUAGGAUCAAACGCCGCAACCAGGCCAUCUACACAGCUGAUGAUGAUGAUGAGGAGAGUUAGAUAACCAGUGAUCGAAAGGGUGAAAAUGUAUAGACUGAUGCAAAUGUAUUUUUUGUUUAACUAAGAGUAUUUUUUAGUGUUUUUUUUUUUAAACGAGCGUGUUCAUUUAAAUACAUUUAAACAAUAAUGGAGUGCUGAUGAUAAGAGUACAAAAGCUACCAUUGUUGGGAGAUGGGAUUCAGUUGGGUUGGUUUUUAUAUACAGUUGUAUGAUACUCUGUGUCACUGAGAUGUGUUUAUUGUUAACGAUAAACAUUUCCUCAUAAA